CCUCAGUGCCCCCCCCACCUCUUUCCAGAAAGCAGGUGGGGUGGGGGACCCCGCGGCCCGCCCUGGCUUCAGCUCUGGCUGCCGCAACCCUCGUAAAUCAGGGGUGAAGGGGGUGUCGGAAAUGGGUCUGCGGAAUGUCUGGAUGGGGCCGGGAGGGGGUGAGCACUUAACUCUUAAGAGGCACAGGGGGUGGGGCAGAGGAACUGGCCUGAGGAUGCGGGGUCGUCCUGCCGCUACAGCAGCAGGAAUGAAGAGGUUAUUUCCCCCGCCCCCGCAGGGGGAUAAAUUGAGGGUGCGAGGCGUCCCCACCGCCACGACCCGCCCGCCACGAUGGCCAUGGGACGAGUCCUACUCUGCUCUCUGCUGCUCCUGUCGCUGCAGCGGGGCCUCAGCAGGGGCCCCGGUGCUCGGGGUGCUCUGGUGGCGGAGGAAGAGCUCCGAGGGACCCAGAGGACGCAGUUGGGUGCCCGCCUGCGCCGAGCCCUGGCCAGCCCGUGCCAGCUGUGGAGCCUGCCCCUACCUGUGGCUGAGCUGGGUCUGGGCUACGCUUCGGAGGAGACGGUCAUCUUCCGCUACUGUGCGGGCAGCUGCCCCCGCGGCGCGCGCACCCAGCACGGCCUGACGCUGGCCCGGCUGCGGGGCCAGGGCCGAGCCCACGGCGGGCCCUGCUGCCGGCCCACCCGCUACGCCGACGUGGCCUUUCUCGAUGACCGCCACCGCUGGCAGCGGCUGCCCCAGCUCUCGGCGGCUGCCUGCAGCUGCGGCGCCUAA